AUGAGCGAGACUAUGCGAGCUAUUGGCAUCAAGGGCGGCAAAGGCCCCGCAACAUCCCUCUUUGUCGACCAAAUCGCCAAGCCCACACCAACAGCCGGCCAAGCCAUCGUCAAGAUCCAUGCAUUCGGUUUGAACCGCAUGGACCUCCUGCAGCGGGAGGGUCUGUACCCGCUUCCGCCGCAGGCACCCGAGACCAUGGGAGUGGAGUUCUCUGGCGUGAUUGAGAGCUUUGGACCAGACGGGCACGAAGAUUUCAAGGUUGGGGAUGCAGUUCUCGGCCUUGCUUACGGAGGUGCAUACGCAGAGUACAUUGCCGUCUCGACCAAGAUGUUGGUGCACAAGCCGUCGGAACUGUCAUGGGAGCAGGCAGCCGGUGUUCCAGAAACCUGGAUCACAGCCUCGCAGGCCCUCUUCCUAAUCGGUGAAUUUAAAUCCGGCCAAACCGUCCUGUGGCAUGCAGGCGCGUCAUCAGUCUCCAUAUCCGGUAUCCAGCUUGCCAAGGCUGAAGGCGCAAAAGCAAUCUAUGCGACAGCAGGUUCGCAGGAGAAGAUCGACUUUCUUGAAAAGGAACUGGGCGUGACAAAAGCCUUCAACUACAAGACCGAAGACUGGGCCGCAGAGAUCCAAAAAGCAACCGGCGGUGCAGGCGUAGACCUAACUAUUGACUUCAUUGGCGCGACCUAUUUCCAGGGAAACCUGGAUGUGGCUGCGCGCGACAGUCGCAUUGUGUUAUUGGGCUUGAUGGGUGGUGGCAAGUUGCCCGACGGUGUUAACAUUGCUCCAUUACUCUUUAAGCGUGUGCGGAUUGAGGGAAGUACCCUGCGCAGCCGGGAUGAGGACUAUCAGCGGAAACUGCGGGAUACCCUUGUCGAACAUGCGCUACCCAAGUUCUGUGAUGGGACAUUCAAGGUUUUUGUCGAGAAGGUCUUUCCCUUUGAGAAGAUUGAGGAGGCGCAUAACUUGCUGGAAAGUAACACUACCAAGGGCAAGAUUAUUUGUCAGUUCGAGUAG